GAGACGCAGAGAAUCCUCGACAGAAUGGACGACAGCGAGACCUACAUGAAUGUGAAGUUCACAAAAACGGACUCAGAAACUGCUUCCCGAGAUGAACCUGAUGUAUCUUACGUGGAAGUAAAUUUCAAGACCCCCUCUGCGUCCCGGAUCCGGACAGAUCGAGACGGUGUGACCUCCACUUACUCACAGCUGAAAUUUCGGAAAGAGGAAACGCGCAUCGUUGAGGACGAAGAUCCUCCCAUUUCCUCGGGACCCGGCGGACUGCCAAGCACUGCACAAACAGGUGCGCAGAAACAGGAGCCGGAACAGAACAUCGGAAAUAGACCGGACCGUCGGAUCUGCCUACUCUGCCUAGUUGCGUCCGCCCUCGUCGCGAUAGUGGUCGGGCUCUCGAUCCAUGUAUCGCAGACUCGUCAGUCUCUGAUCACCUCCGAGCGAAACUACCGGAGACUUUGGGAACAACAUCAGGAGAUGAACAGGACCCAGCGCCAAUGUCAACAGCAAGUCCAUGAGUUGAACACAACCCUUGAAACCCGGACAUCAGAGAAUUCCCACCUGGUUCUCUCUCAGAGAAUCUGUCUGAAUAAUCUUUCCGCCCUCAACAACAACCUCACUAUGCUCGAAAACAACAUUACUACCCUCAGCUCGGAGCUCUCGGAGCAGAAACGAACGCAGAGCGAUCUCCGUCAUCAGCUGAAUCAGCACGAAAUGACGUACAGAAUCAUCAACGAAAACAAAGCUCAGAUUUGCCAAUACCUUACCAGCCAAAGAGUGCCAGCGUGUCCUCAGGAAUGGAUCGAAAAUGAAGGUCGGUGUUAUUUCCUAUCCAACCUGGAAGAAUCUUACGAUGGAGCGACGGAACAUUGUUCAAUCUUUGAUGCAAGGCUCCUCAAAAUAAAUUCAAACCAGGAAGAGGAUUUUAUUUCCACAUCUAUGGACAAUGGAAACAGAGCUUACUGGAUCGGAAAAUGCAGAGACGGGAAGGUGGACUCUAAUCUUCUGUACAAGUCCUAUCGAUGGUUCAGCUGCAGUAAAUGCAACGCGUACUGGAGCACCAGUUGCAAAAAUAAACACAGAUUCAUCUGCGAGAAGUCGGCACAUUUAUGCCGGGAUAUUCCUGAAGAGAUCCGAGGUCUCUGUCAACACCCCGUGGGGAAGACUUAAAUCAAAUGAAUGCAUCCCGCUUCUCCCCAUUCAAUCUACCCCACUCUCAAACUCCCAUCUUUUUACUUCUUCCCACCCUCUCUUCCCCUCCUUCCUACCCCAGUCUCCUCCUCUACUCGCAUUCUCAUUCUCCCCCACUACUCUCCCUUUCCCCAUCUAGACCAAUUUUCACCCUUCCCGCCCCGAUCCCCCCAUUUAAUCUCCCUUUCUACACCUCUCUUUGCCCUUCUCCCCAGCUCAUUCCGCUUCUGCCCUUGCUCUCUCCCCCUCGGACCCCAUUUUCUGCCUUUCCUCUCUCCGUUCUCUCCACACACUCUCACCUCAAUUCUGUGAACUCUGGCUCUCAAUUCCCCAACCCAGGGGAAAAGGCUGUGCACAUUUACCCUCUCUGAGCCCCUCCUGGCUUCAUACCCAUGCUCCAAGAAAUGUAGACACAUCCUUCCUGCUUGCAUUCUGUCCGUAACUCAGACCCUCGAGACCGGGCGACAUCCUCAUAAAUCUCCCUCCGCACUCUUUCCAGCUCAGUGGCAUCUUUCCUACAGGAGGGCGACCAGAACCGGAAACCCCCCUCCAAGCGCGGCCUCACCGACGCCUUGUACAACUUCAACGUGACCCCGGUACGGUGCAAAGAUGUAAAAUUAACGUAAAUUGGGAGAAUUAAUAAAUACUGCAAUGAAGGUGAAUACCGAAGAAGUGUUAAAGUGUUCAGGGAGGGUUCGCACUCUAAUGGCGGAGAGGAGGCAACUGCUUGUAAAUUGUUGAGUUUCCAGGCGCCUGUAACCCCUCCCCGAUGGUACCGAUGAGCACAGGGCAUUUCCCGGCGGGAGAGGGUCCACGCUGAUGGAUACGGUCUUCCCGAGGCAUUCCUACUUGACCAUGUCCUCGAUGGAGGGGAGGGUUGUUGACGGGCAAUAAUUAACACUCUGAGCCUUAAGGAGAAGGUGACCGCUCACCACACUCCGGGGAAUGGACGCGCCGAAUCCUGGGAGCCUGUCGCUGUUCCGUCGGGAACGUGACACCUUCUUCGUGUUUCAGUGAAUGUGCUAUCUCCACGCUGAUGGAUUCCACGUUCUGCUCCAUAUAUCCCAUAUCGUCCCCCACUAUCUCCCUGACCUCAGCCUCAAUCAAGAGCGCUACACCACCUCCUUAACAUUCCUGCUCAUCCUUUCGUAUUAACUGAUAUCCUUGGAUAUUGAAUUCCCAAUCCUUUCCACUUUGCAACCACGUCUCUGUAAUGACCACUAAAUCACUCCACUUUGUACUGAUUUGGGCCACAAGUUCACUGACCUUAUUUUGAAAACUAAGGGCAUUCAGAUAACGUGAUUUUACACUCAUUGUGCUUUUAAAAUCAUGUCAUCUUUCUCUCUUUACACUUGAAUUUUCUUCGUUUCCGUUCACUACUCUCUUACUUUUCUCUUUUUUAUCUUUUGAUUUUACUGGAUCUUUAUCCACACUUCUCGCUUUUACUUUAUCCUUACUCCGCCAGUCUGCUGAACAGAACGUCGUUCUGCGUCUCGCUGUUAUCCAGGUCCCAUCCCGGUUCAGAUGCAUCUUGUCCCAUUUGAACAGCUCCCUCCUGUUGCCGAUUCCAAUGAAUUCAAACCCAGUUCUCCCACACCAAUCCUUGACCCACGCAUUUAACUCUCUAAUCUUCUUUACCUUAAGCCAAUUUCACAUGGCUGAGGCUGUAAUCAUGAGAUUUCCUCCUUUUUGUUUUAGCUUUUUUUUAGUCCAGCUGCUGAAUUCCCUCAGCAGAAGCGUUUACCUCGAUCUACCGAUGUGUUGCAUAUACAUAUUGACUUGGUUUCC